AUGCCUGACGGAACCACAUCUCAGCAACGCAAUUACGAUGACGAGAAAAUCAGAAACUCUACAGUGUCUAUCGAGUUUCAUGGCGUCGAAUUUAGCUAUCCAAACUCUUCACAGCAUUCAGUUCUGAAAGAGAUUGAUUUUAUAAUUGAACCAGGCCAAAACCUAGCGAUUGUUGGCCCCUCAGGUUCUGGAAAGUCUACCAUCAUUGCCUUACUCAAGAAGUUUUACACAAUUAUCAAUGGAUCCAUUCUCAUCAAUGCAUCUCCCUUGAACGAUAUUGAUACCCAGCAUCAUCGUAGUCAAACGGGUCUAGUCUCUAAAAACACCGUUUUGUUCGAGGGUACCCUUCGAGAUAACAUUCUUCUUGGUAUUCGUGAUUUGUCUUCGAUUGAUGAACGUCUCGAAAAUGCUGCAAAAGAUGCAAAUAUACAUGACUUCAUCAUUUCCCAACCAGAAAGUUACAAUACACAGUGUGGAGAGAAAGGUUUCGGUUUCAGCGGAGGUCAGAGGCAGCGAAUAGCACUUGCUCGAGCACUCGUACGCCAACCCAGAAUUUUGCUGUUAGAUGAGGCGACUAGUGCGCUUGACUCUUUGAUUGAAAAGGAAGUACUCGAUGCUUUGAAUCGAAUUUCAGGUCAGACUACCACGAUUACAGUGGCACACAGACUAGCGACCAUUAGGAAGGCGGAUUGCAUUUCAGUACUCGUGAAGGGAAGAAUUGUUGAGAGAGGCACACACCUAGAAUCAAUGGAAUUGAGAGGGACCUAUUGGGCUAUGAAUCAGGCACAGGCUUUGGAUAAGAAUUUGUAA